CACAUGGAAAAGCACACCGAAUUCUAAUUUUUGCCUUUUGGAAGACCUAUAAAUGUAUUCGUUUUGUUUUGUUUCUCCAUAAGCUCUUUUCUCUAUCAAUCAUUUGAUAUCUAAGAGAGCUUCAUCACCCCACCAACAAUGGCUUUCCCUACUCAACUUUUAGCUUCUGUUUUUGGUAUUCUUGGCAACAUUAUCUCAUUCUGUGUGUUCUUAGCGCCAAUGCCAACUUUCUAUCGAAUCUACAAGAAGAAAUCAACAGAGGGGUUUCAGUCAGUGCCAUACUCGGUUGCAUUAUUCAGUUGCAUGUUGCUUUUGUACUAUGGUUAUCUCAAAACCGAAAAUGGAAUGAUGAUCAUCACCAUCAAUUCCAUAGGAUGUGUCAUUGAAACCAUUUACAUCGUUUUCUUUCUCAUCUACGCAACUAAAGAGGCCCUGAUGUCUACAGUCAAACUACUUGCUUUCUUCAACAUACUAUCAUAUGGGUUGAUUGUUGCUACAACACUAUUAGUAACGAAAGAAGGAUCUCAAAGGGUAGCUAUUGUUGGUUGGAUAUGUGCUGUGUUUUCUGUAUGUGUUUUUGCUGCUCCUCUCAGCAUUAUGAGAUUGGUCAUAAAAACGAAGAGCGUUGAAUACAUGCCCUUCUCGCUGUCUUUCUUUCUUACGUUGUGUGCUGUUAUGUGGUUCUUUUACGGCUUACUGAUCAAGGACUAUUAUGUAGCAACCCCAAAUGUGUUGGGCUUCAUCUUUGGAAUAGCACAAAUGAUCUUGUACAUGGUCUAUAAAGAUAAAAAGAAGCAAGUUAAACCAAUGGCUCAAGAACAAGACGUGCCAGCACCAACAGUGGUGGACUUGGGGGAAAUACUGGAAAUGCACGAAAAAUCUGGGGUCGACUUAGGGGUAAUAAUAGAAAUGCAAGAAAGUUCGAGUGUUCAGGUUGAAGGUGGUCGUGACAAGAAAGAAAUGGCUAAGGUCUCUAGUGAAAAAAUUAUCAUUUCCUCCGUUGUUUAAAGUUUAAAAUCCUGAGACAAAAAGACGAGCGUAAUUAAGUCGAAAUCAAAAGGCUUUUCACUUGUAUAUCGGGUAGAUCAGUGACAAGAUUCUUUAUUGAAUCCCGAAUCUGUCCACCUAGCAACACAGGAAGUCAGGCUAGAGCUAGACGAAUAGGCGGAGGAAUAUCAUAUAUGUUUGUUUUUCUUUGUUUAUUUUCGUUUUUUAAGGUUUAAAAUAAAAUACUACUAUUUAAUAUAUAUGAAUGAUAAC